AUGAACGAAUGGUGUAUCAGUACACACGGAUUGUCUGGUCUCACCAAGCAGGUGCUCUCCAGUCCAUACUCUCCUCAAGAAGUCAGCGGCGUCUGCUACGAGUAUAUCAAACGCUGGAUACCGGAUCCUCGGGUGGCUGUUAUAGCAGGCAACACUGUGCAUAUGGAUUUACGUUUCUUAGAAAUGGACGCACACAAAGAAGGAUGGUCACAGAUUGCUUCACAUCUUGGUUACAGAGUGGUCGAUGUCUCUUCAUUUAAGGAAAUUGCCAGACGGUGGUAUCCUAAUCUACCACUCAAAUCGAAGCAGGCGUCUACACACCGCGCUCUCGAUGACAUCAGGGCUAGUAUUGAUGAAUUGAAGUACUACAAGCAGUCAAUGUUCAAGCCAACAAAAUAA